AAAGAGAAGAGAUAGAAUAGAGAAUGUGAGAGUAAGAGAGGAUGGAGGGGGGAGAGAGAGAUCUUGUUGAAAAUCUUUUAUGGAAAUAGAUAAUUAACUAAAAGUUUCCUAUUUAACUGUUUGGCAAGGUUGAAAGAUUUGAAUGGCUCUGAAAGUUACAAACCUAGUGUUGCUACUAAGCAUAAUGAAAAAGGAAAGGAUAAUCCUUGCGUGAUAUUUCCGAUACAAUAUGAUGUCAUCUUUGGUGAGCAACAAUGAGCUACAUGAAGUUUCUACUAAUGUGCAACAAAUGAAAUGUCUACCUUUGCAAGAAUAUCAACAACUUUGUCUAGAUUUAGACAAGGCUCAUCAAGAUAUCAUAAAUCUUAAUCAGAAGUUAUGUCAUGCUAGAAAAAACUUGGAGGACGAAAAACGUAAACGUCGAGUAGUUGAACACUAUAAAAGUUUACUGGAAAGUCAAUUUAAUGCAACUAGAAAAAUAUUAUUUCAUGAUGGAGAAGUGAAUUUGGAUGAAGAAAUAAAGGAGAAAUUACAAUUUCUUACCAAACCUAUGUUUGAAUUAAAAAUGUGCAAUAAUCUACAUAUUCAAGACAAACAGUCCGAUGGACAACUGACCGCAAUAGCAGAAAUGGAUUCAACAGGUUCAAUACUAAGUGACUUAAAUUGUUUAUCAAAGUCAGAAGAUGAUUUGGAUACCGAUGUUAUUAUACAGAUUGAAAAAAAGAAAAAGUGGAGAGAGUAUAAACUUGGCGAUGAUUAUACCGCAAAUGAACAAUGCAGCACAUUAGAUAAAGUUGCAGAAUUUAAUUCACACGAUGGAAUAACAACCGCAGUAAAAAGAGUUAAGACAAAUGAUGAUACGCACACUGUGUCUUUUAAAAUCCAAGUUACAUCCGAUAAAGAAAAUAUUGAUCCCAAACCAUUGAAUACAGAAGCACGUGCGAAUCAUAGCUUUGUAUCAAAGAUAGUCAUUAAACCAGAAAUAUGUACUUUAUGCAAUAAAAGAAUCAGAUUUGGAAAGACAAUACUAAGAUGCAGAGAUUGCCAUGUUAUGUGUCACGCAGAAUGUAAGACGCAAGUUCUUUCGAUUCCAUGUGUUUGCGAGAAAGAUAACAAUAUUAUAUAGUGUAUCUAAUUUCAGGUUGUCAAAAGGUAAAACUAAUGCUUUGAAACUUGCUACCUAGCAGUAGAGCUAUAUCAAAAAUAAUAAAAGACGCAUAGUUUUGCAAUUUAUUCUGAUUAAAACUUAUUAAUUUUAUAUGUCGUUGUAUAAAUAUAUAAUUAUAUAUCAUGACAUGUCUAAUUUAAAAUGUUAUAUAUCACAUGUUGGGAAUAUUUAAUAAACAUAUAGCAUUUUUA